AUGAUCAUGGCGACUUCUGUGCUUGUUACUGGUGGUACUGGCUUCCUAGGUUCUGCCAUUGUCGAUGCCGUACAAGAACAACAUCCAGAAUGGGUAGUCACUGUCCUGGAUCUGAACCCUCCAAACGUGCCAAAGAAAAGCAUCACAUACAAGUGUGGCAACAUCACUGAUGCUGUCUUGGUCAAUACUAUUGUAGAUGGCAUCAAGCCAGACGUCAUUAUACAUUCGGCCGGAUUGGUUCCAGAGCUUGCUUUUCGGUAUGGAAGGGAACAACGAGACCAUGUAUUCAAUGUUAAUGUCAAUGGGACUCGCAAUAUGCUUACGGCAGCCAAGAGCUCUGGUGUCAAAGCUUUCGUCUGGACUGGGUCCUGCACUGCCAUCACAGACGACAUGAGACACCAGUAUCGGAAUAUAGAUGAACGGUGGCCAACAUCAAGUCGUUCAUUGAUAUAUGGAGAGUCCAAGACUGCCGCAGAGGCAUUAGUGCUCGCUGCAUGCGAUGAAAAGCUUGCGACUUGUGCUCUGAGACCUUCUGUACUCUUUGGGCCUGGGGAUUACCAGCUGAUUCCAUCGGUUCACGCCUGCAUCGCCAAAGGAGAAACUCCAUUCGUGGUGGGUGAUGGGGAGAACUUAUGGGAUGUGACUUACGUGGGCAAUGUUGCAGAUGCUCACGUACUGGCGGUGGAGAAUCUGCUGUCGACAAGAACUGCCGCUGGAGAGGCAAUCUUUAUCUCUAACGAGGAACCCAUUCCAUUUCGAGAUUUUUGCUUGGAAGUAUGGAAAAACUUUGGUCAUUAUCCAUCAUAUGAGGUGCACAUACCCGUGUCUCUUGCGUCUUUGGUUGGGUACAUUGCGGAGUUGGUAACCUGUGUUACUGGUACCCCAACGACGUUGAGCCGCGGAAGCGUCCUUGAUGCAUGUGGUACGAGGUAUUGUAGUGGAGGAAUGGCGCGCAAGUUACUCGGGUACAAGCCUCGAGUCGGCAUCGAAGAGGGUAUCCGCAUUAGCUGCGUAGACUAUGCCCAGCGCUUGAAGUCGUCCGGGGCCGUUGGGAAGCUAGCACACUGCUGA